AUGGUUUCCUCCAAGGAACUGCCUCCUUCCACCACCCCAUUCUUCCCUAAUCAUUUCCUCAAGAACCAAUUCCGUACUAAACCUCAGUUCCCUCCCAAGAAUACUGACCUCUCCAGCAAGGUCGCCAUAGUGACGGGAUCCAACACUGGCCUAGGACUAGAAUGUGCUAGCCAACUACUCUCCUAUAAGCUCUCUCACCUCAUCUUGGCUGUCCGAUCUCCGACAAAGGGCGAGAAUGCAGCUGUUACGCUGCGACAACAGUAUCCAGGCGCCAUAAUCAGCGUAUGGCAAUUGGAUAUGGCCUCUUACGACUCCAUUCGCGUUUUCACGGCACGGGCUGACAAAGAGCUCUCUCGCCUCGAUAUCGCCAUCUUGAAUGCCGGCGUGGGCUUUGGCGGCUUCAAGAUUUCACCAGCUACCGGACAUGAGGAGACCAUCCAGAUUAAUUACCUCUCAACCAUGCUUCUAUCCAUCCUUCUGCUCCCCAUAUUGAAGAAUAAAUCCCCGGCCGACUCACCCGGGCGAUUGACUAUAAGUACAGCUAUGCUCUCGGUCACCGCAAGAUUUAUCAACAAGAACGAGGUCCCGCUUCUGCCUUCGUUUGAUAAUAAGAAGUACUUUGACUCCAUGGAUAUCUACUCAACAUCCAAGUUACUAGGCCAAUUAUUCAUCUGGAAGCUCACCGACUUGGUGUCUGCCGACGACGUGGUGGUGAACCUUGUUGAGCCUGGAUUUGUCAAAGGUACGGAACUUCACAGGGAUACAUCUGUCCCAGCAAAGGUCUUCAUGAGCUUGUUCAAAGCAAUAUCUGGUCGAACUGUCAAAGUCGGCGCCUCAACCUAUCUCGAUGGCUCAAUAGUGAAGGGAAAGGAGUCGCAUGGGAGUGUCCUAAUGAACUGGGAGAUUGCACCGUACGCUCCAUUCCAGUACACACUUGAGGGCAAGAUUAUCAUGGAAAGACUCUGGCAAGAGACAUUAAGCGAGUUCAAUUUCAUUGAUGUCAAUGGCAUUCUCAAGUUCUUAUGA